AUGGCUUCCACCCGCUCGCCCGAACAGAUUCGCGCCCUCUACCGCUCUUUUCUGCGAGAGCUGCCGCCACGGCCAAUCCUCGUCUCGCCUAGAGCGCCUCUGCACUCUCAGCUGCGCGCCCAGUUCGAGUCGGCUGCUCCGUCCGCGUCCGCCACCCAGGCGACCGCAUCACCCUCGCUCAGCCACGGCGAACACUACGUGUCCUUCCUACAGGCGCAGCGUGUCUACACCACGCUGCUUGAACGCUACAACCCUGGCAUGGCCGGCACCAUGGACGAGGAGGAGCGCAUCCGGCUGACGGCCCGCCGCGUUGGCAUGAAUCUGCCUGUCGAGUUCUCUGAGGAUGCAGAGGGAAAAGAAAAGAGGAACGGAAGCCAAUGA